AUGAAUAUAGAUGGGGCCUGGAACUGGGACCGCAAUGUGGCUGGUUUUGGUGCUAUUGUCCGUGAUAAAACAGGAAACUUUGUGUCGGCAAAAUGUGGCAGGGAGGAGGAUGUAUUUUCACCUCUCCAAGCAGAAGCAGUGGCCUUGAGGGCAGGUUUGUCUUGGGCGGUUCACAGGGGUUUUGCAACAUAUUUCUUUCGAAAGCGAUUCACUUCAGAUUUUGGAGACCUCGUGCGAGUCCUCUCCAGAUUUGUCAUUCAUGGGGCAAAUUGUGGAAGAUAUCAAGGUGCUCCUCCCUUCAAUCAGGUCGGGAAGAUUCACAGAAGCAUUUCAGUCUUCGAAAAUUGAAUCUAGUAUGUACCUUGUGAAAUACAAACAUGAAAUUCUUUCCCAACUACCAGACCAACCCGUGGUGGUUUACGAGUUCAGAGGAUUUGAAGCACGUUUGAACUUGGCACUACGUUGUAUUUUGUAACACGACUUCAAGUUUUGAAUAAAAAUUAAA